UAUUUGAAGGGAAAAACGUGACUACAAGUAUUUAAAAUACAAAAUAAAAUUAUAUUUUAAUAUACAAAUUUGGUGCAAAAAAUAAUAAUCAAAUGAAAAACAGCCACCAAUCUUGGUUAAAUUAUCUUACACUGCGAAAAACUGCCAUCUAUUCGAACUGUAACUGUUUCACAUCAGACAGAAUAAAGAAUUAACAAUCCAAAGACAGAUAUCUAGAAAAUGCCAGUCCUCGUCGUUGCAACAAACUUAAAAAAGGAUCAGAUUCCCGAAAACUUCCUUCGGGAAGCAACAAAAUUGAUUGCAGUUGAGCUCAAAAAGCCAGAAUCUGUUAGUAGACCUAUAUUAAUAUUUUAUUUUAUGAAAUUAAUAAGAACAAUUUUAAACAUUUUUUUGCGGAAUAUUAACAAAAUCUAAACUUAUAUUUUGCUUUAUUUUUAUUUAACUUAGAAGAACUCAUAUUUAAGUUAUUAUUUAACCAUGUUUCCUGUCAAUAUUAUAUAUUUGUCUCAUUUUAUAAUGAAGUUAUAGGCAUAGGCGUAAAAACAAGAGCAAAAAGAGGGUCACGAAAUGUGGAAGAAAACUCCAUGCCAUGCCAUAGUAAAAAAAGUGGUUUUGAGGUCCUUACUAAAAAAUUCAUAACUUUUGAAUUGAACCACUUGAGCUAGAAAGGUGAUCUUGGUGUUUUUGUAAUCCAUUCUCUUGGCUCUAAAAAGUUGUAGCAUUGUUAUAUUUAUAAAAAUGUUUUGAAAUUUUAUAGGCCGGCACUACGUACACCGCGGCGGUGUACCUAGCGAAACUAUUGACUUUGGCCUGCGUACACCGCGGCGGUGUACCUAGCGAAACUAUUGACUUUGGCCUGCGCACACCGCAGCGAUUUAAAGUAGCAAAACCAUGGUCUUUGCGAGUCUUUAACUUUUUGGCCUAAUUGGUACUUAUAGAUUUAAUGUUAUGCUCUUGUUAAGACUGGAAACUAUUUAUUUAAAAUCGUUGAGUACCUUGGGAGGAAGCUUUUGAGUAAGUUCCACACUUAUAACUUAUGUGGCAAAGUACUUGUAGAGCAUUUCUUACUUAUUGGAAGGGAGGGGGCCGGGGGUGUAAUGUUAAACCAUGAUUUAUUUUUAAAGUUAACCACUUUAUUUCCCCCCAUAUAUUGAAAUACGAUUAUAUUUAUUAAUUAUUAAAGUUUUAUCCUAUGAUUGUGAAUCUUAAUAGGCAUAAAAAGGGUAGCUAAUUUGAAAUUAUUCUUCCCCCCCCCUUUUGUUUUUUUUUGGGGGGGGGGGGGGUGGGAGGCAUGAUAAUAAUAAAAUUGUAUGUGAUCCCUCUGGGCGUGGUGUAAAAAUGAAUGGGAAGCCAGUGUAUCCAUUUUGUUAGCACCAAGAUACAAUUACGCCACAAAUACAUUAGGGGAAGAGAAUCACAUACAUUGAUCGUGAAGUUAAAGUUGUCCCAGGCCAUUCUGGAAACACGACCAUGCACAUUAAUAUUUAUAUGAUAUCAUUGAUAAAGUGUAUACCUGUUACAUACACUAUACAUGCGCUUUCAGAAACUUUCAGUUUGUUUUCUAAUGUCAUACUCAUAUUACCAGUAUUUUUUUUUAAAGUCAAAGGCCGGCACAACUUGUUGAAACGCUUAAUAAUCAGUUAAUAAUCUGAAUAUAACAUAUAUUUAAUUUAAAUUGUUUUAAUUGCUAUAAAAUAUUUAAAAACUUCUCAGGAAACUACUGUUACAAAUGAAAAUGAUAAUUUAAAUAUAAAAUAUUUUUAAUUAAAAUGGGCAGAAAACAAACUCGAUCCCCUACUGGGAAUUGAGCUCAAAAUAUACUAUUGCCAAGCGUCCACUCUACCACUUGACCACACAAGAUCUUAUUCGACAGGCUUUUCUUAAAACCAGGCCAAUGGUAAAUUUUUUCCGCGGUGUACCCAGGCCAAAGCCCACGAUUUCACUAGGUACACCGCCGCGGUUUACCCAGGCCAAAGUCGGUGGUUUUGCUAGGUACACCGCCGCGGUGUACGCAUCCACUUCGAAUUUUAUAUUAUUUAUAAAGAAUUAAUAUAGAAUUUCUACUUGAAGUCUACUAGUAGCACUGGUUUAAAUAGAUUACCCAGUUGAAGUAGACUUUUAAAAAUUUAAAUAACUAUCAGUCAUCCUACUAAGGCAGCGGUUCUCAACCAGUAGGUCAUGACCCCUUUGGGAGUCGAAUGACUUUUACACAGGGGUCAUCUAAGACGAUAGGAAAACACAUUGUUAUGAGGUUGCAACGAAAUAAUUUUAUGAUGAACUGUAUUAAGGAGUCGUGAAAUUAGGAAGGUUGAGAACCACUGUACUAAAGGAGUCAGCCUGCUACUUCUGGGCAUCUUACUGGGUCUGGGUAGUACUAGUAAUUUAUCCCGCUAAUUCUUAUGAUUGCUUAUGAAAUACUUGCAAACAAACAGCAUUGACUUUAUGUGUAAAAUGUAAGGCAGUUGUCAAUGACCUUUCGAAUGAGUGCAGGUAAUUGUGGGUCCGUUAUCUUGUUCCUCCUCCAAGUCAAAUUGUUUAGUCAGAAUAACAAUAAAGGAAUAGUGAAUGAAUUAAAUUCUUUUACUAGACCAUACCAAUCGGGCAAUGGUCUCAAAAUUAAUUUAUAAAUGAAAAUAUGAAAAUUCAUUUGAGGUACCCAAGAUUUAUAAUUAUUGGACUGAUAGGAGAUUACUUGAAUGAGCAGAUUAUAAUUCAACAGAAUAUUAUUGGACCUAUUGGUAUGAUCUAAUCUAUUUAAUUACAAAAUUAAAUAGAUGGUGCAUGGGGGUAACAAUAACAAAAGUUAGACCCAGUAUGGUACUUUAAAUUAAGCCUACCUUCAGUUUUUGUUCCUACAUGUUAUAACUCUUAGUGACAGUUUUUCAUCCUUGUAUUGUCAAGAGGCUAACUUUGUUAAAUAAACUUUUGUCUCAUAUAAUUAAUAAUAUUGUAAAAAUUGACUUUCAAUUUCAAGUAUGUGCUAGUGCAAGUGAAUCCAGAUCAAUUAAUGAGUUUUGGUGGAAGCCAAGAUCCAUGUGCAAACAUCUCCCUCAGCAGCAUUGGUGUUGUCAGUGAUGAUAAAAAUAGGAAAAUGGCUCCAAAGCUGAGUAAUUUUAUUGAACAGCACUUGGGAAUUAAGCAAGAUAGGUUAGUAUGGGCAUCAUACAGUGUAAUGAUUUAGCAAAAUAUUAUUCUGUCCCAUGUAUAGAUAUGGCUCUUUGGAGCAUUAAAGAAAAUUGAAAAAUGCUUUUUUUUUUAAAAAAUAUAUAUAUAAAAUAAAGAAAAGAUUGGAUGAUCUUUAUUCUGAAAAGAUUAUUUUAGGUCAUAAAAAUUAGGGGUCGCAAACCGGGAUCCCGACUCUCUAAAAUACCGGGAUACCAGACUAUAACCGAUGCUUGAAAAUACCGGGAUUGGAUUUAUUAAAACUGGGAUUUUUAAAAUUUCUGUUAUUUCAUUUUCAAAAAAAUAUAUAUCGCUUUCUUAAUUUCCAUGUGGUAGUUAAAGCAAGACAUAUCAAUAAUUUAUGUGAUUUGCGAACAUCUCACACCAAGUGUCUUAAGUUCAAAGAGAGACAACCAAUGGACUAGAUCUGUGUACUGUGAUUCAUUUGUAAAGAAGCAUUGCAUUUAGCUUUGUUUUUACAUCGUGCAUGUGAGUGUGUGUAAGAGGAGACACGAUUAUGUAAAUGUACAGGAUUGAUAAGUAAAUGUUUUCAUAUUAUUGACAAACAAGACAUUCGUAUGGUCGAAUGAUGAUCGAAUGUUGACUUGCAUUAACAGUUUGUAAUAUGAAUUAUAUGGAAAUAAUAACACAAUGCACUCGAAUCACGGGGUAAACUUUUUAUACUGGUAACAAAAUUGUUUGAUUGCUUGAUUUACUUUGUCAAAUUACCUACAUAUUUAAAACUAUGACUUCAUCUGUAUUUUGUUAAUCAAAUCCUUUAAAUUUAAGACACAGAAAAAUUAUGUUACAUCUAUUUUGUAAUAAAAUUAUAAAUAAUUCACCUAAAAAUCGAUUUUCUUUUUGAUAUUAACAAUGCUCAAGCUAUUUUGUCCCAGGCUGAAUGUCCCAGUUUGUACCACACCCAGCCAAACAUUUACAUGAAAAUUUAAACAUCUUUUUUUUUUCAAGUUGUUCGUGUCAAAGUCAAAGCAAUUCGAUGUAAAUAAAUAAAAUAAAUACAUUUUUGUUAACUAACAUUUAUUCUUAUAAUGAUUAUUUUCCUCCAGGUUGAUAAAAAGAAGUGUGGGGGGACCUUGAAAAAAUAACCUAAAAAUGAAAAGCGUAUGAAACUAUUGGAAACAAAGACAUCAGCUUGGUAUUAUUUCUUGAAAGCUACGGACAAUCUCUCAACUAAAUGUAUUAUAUGUAACAAGAUACUUUAAAACAUUGGGAGGCACAACUUCAGGCCUUCACACUAAUUUAAACGCUUCACAUUCCACCGUCUUGAAAGAUAGCGCCCUUUCUGGUACCAGUACUCUAAGAGUACUUCAGAAACAUGUAAAAGAACAAAUUCAUUGUGACCUUAAUUUGAUUUUAUAUUGCAUCACAAUGUGGAAUAGUUUAGCAGACAUGUUCUUCUUCUUAUAUUUGAUGGGCCCACGAUCAAUUUGUUGAUCAUUCUGGCUCCUGGUUUAAAUUCAGAGUUUGCCUUCUCUUAGAUGGGUUGCCGUCCAAGGCUAACGUUUAAAAAUCGAUCUUGACAUAUUUCAACACAAGUUUGUAAGACUAUUCAAACUCAGUAAAAUAUUUGAAAUGCUGAAAGCAACGGCAGAAGAACUUUGCAAAAGAAACGGCAACUUAAUAAAUAGAAUCUGGUCUGGCUUUGGUGCCUAUGUUUAAAAAAAUUAGAUACCACGCAUCAUGAAAUAUUUGCAUGUGAACUUGUUGCCUCUCUGAAGCGUCAGAUUAAAGAGCGCAGAUUUUUGCUAGCUUCAACAUUGAAAUACUUGCAUAACCCUAAGAUGUACUUUGAUUCGCCUAAUGACUACUUGGACGUAUUUCUAAGGCCAGAUUGCGAAAACAUAUCGUGGACAUUCAAAAGCUUGGUCAAACAGCGGAUUCCUCAUUGGAAAUGUCUACGGACAAUGAGAUUGAACAGUUAAAUGAACAUCUUAGAUCUGAGCAUGACGAACUCGACGACACACUGCCGAUUAAGAGACAUUUAGUUUAAAAAUUGAAAUGCAAAAGAAACUUCAGCCUCAGUAUUAUACUUCCAGACCAACUAAUGGAAACAUUGAUAAAAAUAUAGAGAUGGCUGUAUUUGAGAAUGGCGGAUCAAGAGGAAAAUAUCUAGAACUAGAAAUUGUAUAUGAUAGCCUAAGGUCUAUUCCUCCGAACAGUGUCUGAGCAGGUGUUCUCGUCAUCAGGUUACUUUUUUAACCAUUUGCAGUCAAAAUUAAGCAAUUAAACAUUAGACACGUCAUUUUUAUGAUCUCAUUAUUUAAAUUCGACCAAAGAUUAAAACAACACAAAUUAUUAUAAUAUUUGAUUAAAAAGUUAAGAACAUUAUUAUUGUUUGUUUAAUUAAUGUGUAAAGUUAGACAUUAGUGUUAUUGUUAAGGAUUACGGUAUUUAAAAUCAAAAUGUGAUUUUUUUUCCGGAAUGUUUUCUAUUUCAUUGAUAAACUGUCACCUCUAAUUCUAAUCACCACUAAACAUUCUCUAAAUAUUGAAAAUAUCGGGAUUUCGGUAUUCAUAAAACUUCAAUACCCGGUAUCGAAAAUACCAAUUUUGAUAAAAGGGACAGGUGUUGCGACCCCUAAUACACAUGCAAUAUUAUCAUUUUUUUUAUAAAGUUUAUCAUUUUGUUUAUUGUGUCCAGGUUUUACAUUAAUGUCCAUGACAUCAACCGGGCUUGGUGCAUUUGGAAUGGCAGCACAUUUGGCUAAACCUGUACAAAAUUGAUGCGGCACAAGAGACUUUUUUCUUUCUUUUAGUUUUUAAUGUUAAGAAAACAAAGUUCUUGAUGUUGUUAGUUUUAAUUCCAUUGUAUCAAAAUUUACGUUUUUUUGAAUAAGUAUCUUCUUGAAAAUAAAUAAUGUUUAAAAUUUAAUAUGUUAUUUCUUUGUCUUGUACUGUAUAUAGCAGCAUUUGUCAGUAUAGUCUUAUUAGGUGAUAGAGAGUACUGUUACAAUUCUUGUCUAUAAAUAACAUACCAUAGAUAUUAAUAGGAGAUAUCAAGUGAUAGACCACAAAGGGAAAGAAAUAUUCUCAGGAACAUAUUUAAUAAAACCUCCCAUGUGGUUUUCAAGUUGAGAAAACUUCAUUAUGUUAAAAGAUAAUGAAAUUUUAUAAAACAACCAGUGGAAAACUAAUUUUAGUCCAUGGUUACAUUUCUAUUACUAUUACUAUUACAGAAUGAAAUAUUAUCCAUGUAUAGAUAUGGCGCUUUGGGGCAUUAAAGAAAAUUGAAAAAUGUUAAAAAUGUUUUAUUUUAUAAUUUACCAAAAGUUGACAAUCUCUUCCAUACACAAGGGGGAGAAAAAAAGUAAAAUUAAUUACAGAUGCUACAAAUACAUUAACUUGAGGUUUUGAGGAAAGUAUAAAGUUCAGUUAUGAAAUAAUUUAAAAUACUGUACAGAAGACUCAUAUUUAAAAAAAAAAAUUGAUGUAAAUGUAAGAAAUUAUAGAUAAAAAUUAAUUAAAUAUUUAUAUCUCAUGCAAUAAAAACUAAGACAGUUUUAAAUUCGAGCAAUAAUACAAGGUAAAUAGAUGGGAGAAAAUAAAUAUUAAAAAUCAAUUUUUAACUUUCCUCUUUGAAAAGCAACUGUUAACUCUAGUAAUGUAUUUAUAUUUUGAAAAAACUAUGUAUACCGGUAUGUACUUUUCAUUUAUUCUCAAUUCAUGAAUUAAUUGGUUUAAAUAAAAUAAGCAUAUUUGCAAAUUAAUGAAUUCUCCUACAAGCAAUUUUAACAAGAAGUCAGUUGUAAUUAAAAGAUCGUAUUCUCAAAAUUGCAUUUUUGCAUUUAAACUUCAUUGUCAGAUAACUGGAGAUUCAAAUAUUAAAUAUGCUAGAAGAAGAUAAGCAAAAUUGAUCCCUACACUGCACACAAAUAUCAACGUCAUUAUGUUUUUUUUUUUAGAAGAUUAAAUGUUAGUGGAUGAACAGUAUGAGUUAUUGAAGUAAAAAAAUUAAUUUAAAUAAAUCAAAAUCAUAAUGCUAUGUUACAAGAACACAAUAAAAUAACACCAGUUAAAAGAGGGAACUCAUAUUUCUUCAUUGAAUCAUAGUCAUGGAUUUUGCACCUACCGGUACUGUAAUAUAAUUGUAUUUAUUGCAAAUUUAAAAAAAAAUUAUUAUUGUUAAAAUCCAAAAGAUAUGUCAUUUUUAAUGAAAACAGAAUUUCUGUGUAACAAAGUGGAGAUUCUUUUUUCAACGAGAAUCCUGAAAGGAAUUCAUUGUAAAAAAAUAAAAAUUUAAAGCGGCUUUGCCGGACAUAGAAUAGAUUUAACAGUUAUAACAUAGUGGGAAUUUGCUGAGGUUAUGGUCACUCGUGUCUCUUUAACACAGCAAUAACCUGAUUACAUGUAUAAUGCUUACAAUAAAACCUAGAAAAAUGAACAGAUUUAAAUUGUAAGUGAACACUUUGAAUGUUAACCCCAAUGAAACUGCAAUUGUUAACAAAACAAUUCUGUCAUUGCUUAUAGUACUCAGAUGAUUUCUUAAAAAUAUGUGAAUCUUAAAAAUAUGUGAAUAUUUUUUUUCCCCUUCUUAAUCUAUUGACUUUUGCAGUCUUAAAAAUUGUCAAAUAAUCAUUAUAAUUUUUAUAUUAUUAUUAGCCAACAUAAAAAGACUUCUAAAUAAUAAUAUAUCAGGGAGAAAUAGCCAACAUAAAAAGACUUCUAAUUUCUCCCUGAUAAGUACUUAAUAUUGCCUUAAACUUAAAGUGAAAACACAACAAUUUAAAAAAUAAAUAUAUAUUACAAAUGUAUUAAUUUAAAAAAACUGGUUGAACAAAAUUUUUGAGAUAUUUUUUGAUGUCUUCAUCAUUUCAAACAUGAAAGUUAUGGUCUCACAAUUUGUGUACUUUAUUUUUUUGAAGAAAAAAAUACUACCUCAUAAAUAUAUUUUUAUACAUCUCAACAAUUAAAUCUUGUCAUUUAGACUUGUAAACAUUCUGUAGAAGAAAGAAACAACCUCCCAACAAAAAAAGAAAAUCUACAGUAUGUCACAAUUAGAUUUUCAUGUAAUAGAUACAUUGUCUAUUUUAAAGCCCAUAAUUUUGAUAAUUCAACACAUUUUGAUUCUUAAAAAAUAGAUGGAUGUAUAGAAACGCCAGAAACAACCUAGAGAUAAAUAGUUUAACUAUAGCAUUUUAAAAUGCAUUUUCUAUUUUAAUUGCAUUUAUAUGUCAUUCCUAGGUUUUGUAAAACUAGAAUAUCAAAGCAACAAUAAGCUAAUGAAAAUAUUAAGAAAUAAUGUUAAAAUACAACAAGAAAAAAAACUAUUGUGAUGGGACAAUGCCAUUAAACAAUGAUCGUGGAAACACAUAAUAAACACUGUGAUCAGUUCAAUGGGUAUCUGAAUAUGACCAAAUGUCAUGUCAUAAUAUGGACUGUGAUAAAAUUAAAUAGUCUGUGUUCAUAAUAUAUGGGUAUGUACAUAUAUGAAUAUGUACAUACAGUUUUGUAACACUAACAAUAACAACACUAAAUAAUGACAUAAAUUUAAUAUCAUUCUACUUAUAAAAACAUUUUCCUGUGCAACAAAGGAAAAAGAAUACAAGAGAGAAGGAUUCAGAUACUCAACCUUUGAAAGAAAUAAGUUAAUGAUCAAAUCACAUUCUGCUCCUUAGUCAAAAAGAAGAGAGGCUUACCAUAUUUUUUUUUGUUAAACUUGUGAAGUUAUAAAAAUUUCAUCCUUGACAGCUGCAGUUAUGUUAUUUUCAAUUUAUGUCACUCAUUUUCUACUUACAUUCUCUUAUUUAAAAACAUAUUUAAAGAACUUAAUUUUAACAAAUUUCUAUGUUUGAACUCAAUGAUUAGUGAUGUUUUCUUUAAGCCUUAUUUAAGUUUUUUAUUGUUGGACUUGAAGACAAAUUUAUUGGUAAGUUUAACUUACAGUGAAAUCAAUCUUCUAGCUUCCCAUACAAUGUAAUUUGGAUCUAGAUACUAACAAAAAAAAAAUCCAGGCAAUAUAUAAAAUUUAUUUAACGGCAUCAAUAAUAGUUAACGUAUCGUUGUGACAGAUGAGCAAAACUUAACUCUAAAAAAAACAAUCUUUUCCUUGGAACUUUUAUAUUUUUUACACCAUAAGCGAGCUUCUCACUGAAAGUACAGAUAAAUACGAAUACUUUUUACAAGUGCAGCUUAACUUUCAUAUUUCAAUGAAAGUGAUCAUCGCUCAAUCCCAAUCUCCUUCCUUCAAUUUCUGUAAAAUGUGGACAGACUUAUCAUCACUUAUAUAAGUCCAUAAUUUCCGUUUCAAACAUGAUAUUGAUAAUAGAUUCAUUGCAUUUUGAGUUUAAUAAACAAAACAAAAAUUUAAUAACAUAAAUAAAUCUUUUCUUAUUGUCGAUUAGUACCUCAUGUAAAGGAUGUACAUUAAUUCACAAGCUAGUCACUCCUUAAACAACUAUCAAAUGAAGAAGUUGGAUAAUUUACUCCUAAAACAUACCUUUUUUUGGCGCCAAUGAAAGCAACAUUAAGACAGAGCAAAAACUCAGUACAUUGAAACUUACCAUCCUCAUUAUAUUUUACCAUGAAUAUCCAAGCAUCCAAGAAAUUUUAAGUGCCUUAAUAGAAUUCCUACUUUUUUAACAAAUUCAUUGGGUCCUUGACCCUGUAAAUAACAGGCUAUGCAAAGUUUAAAUACUUGGCUCCCCAAUAAAAAAAAUCAUUUUCUAUGUAAAAAAAAAAAAUAUCAGUAUUCAAAUGAUAUAUUUUAAUGUGUGAUCUUAAAGUUUUCGGUCAC